AUGACCAAGGAACCCUACUUUGGGCUCACCGGCGGAUGGCUGACCGUCUGGCUGACGGUGGCAUGUGCCACUGACAUGACCGUAUUCGGGUACGACCAAGGUGUUUUCAGUGGUGUGGUAGUGACGGAGAACUUUCUCGAGACUCUCGACCUCGUGGAAUCGAGCAAAACGCAGGUUCUGUCGACGGUGACUGCCAUCUACGACGUGGGCUGUUUCUUCGGGGCCAUCGUUGCCUUUAGCUUUGGGGAACGGCCAUCAUGGCCCCUAGGAAACGGCAUCAACACCACCACCGCCCCAAUCUGGCAAACAGAGACCUCCUCAGCGCGGUGGCGCGGCCGACUCGUCAUCUUCGAGGUGUUGAUGAAUCUGGCGGGAUAUUGUCUGGUCAAUUGGAUCAAUUAUGGCUUGUCCUUCCACGGGGGUUCAGUCGCGUGGCGAUUCCCUAUCGCCUUCCAGUUCUUUUUCAUUUUUAUCCUGUUUGCUACGGUGCCGUGGCUGCCGGAGUCGCCCAGAUGGCUCAUGGCCCAAGGCCAGGUCGCCGAAGCCAUCGAAGUGAUUGCCUGCAUCGAAGGCAAAUCCGUCAACGACCCAUCCAUCUCCACCCAGCGCAACGAAAUCGAAUACAGCAACUCCGUAUCAUACUUCGUAUUCACGUCCGGCGCAGUGCUGUUAGUCGAGAAAAUGGGUCGACGCGGUCUGAGGAUGAUAUCCACCAUUGGACAGUUUUUCUCCUUCUUGUUGAUCACCAUUAUGUUUUUGCCUCCGCGUCGAAUGUCUUUUUUCUUUCUCUUUUAUAUUGCUUUUGGAAUGGGCAUGUUGGGCGUGCCGUGGCUGUAUCCGACGGAGAUUAGUUCUCUGCCCAGGAGGACGAAGACGGCGGCAGUGUCGACGGCGACGAAUUGGAUCAUGAACUUCGUGGUGGUGGAAAUCACCCCCAUUGGUAUCCAGAGCAACGGGUGGAAGGUCCGGGUGAUUUGGACGGUGUUUACUGCGGCCUUCCUGCCGGUGAUUGACUUUUUCUAUCCGGAGACAGCCAACCGCACACUCGAAGAUCUCGAUGCCUAUUACCGUUCCAACCCUCCCCUCAUUGUCAUCAACGACCCCGAUGCCAUCAGCGUGAAGCGCCCACUGAAGUACAUCCCGCACGAAGACGAAGAGCUCCGGAAGACGGCUGCCCAUGGGGGAGCGAACCUGUCCAAGAUGGAUGAGCAGACCGUCGAGCAUAUGGAGUAG